UUGUGAAAAGCAAAAACAAAACCGUUCCAAGAGCACACACGAGAGAAAUUACAAAAAAUUGAAAUUUGGGAAUUUUUUUGAAGAGCCGUAAAGUAGAAAAUAGUUGUAGUGAGCAGUGAAAGUGAAGAAGAAGAAGAAGAUGGUGUUUUGAAAUCCCCAGAUUAGUCAGUCACACAAAUCAGAUCUGAAAUGUCAGGCGACGGUGGAGGAGGCAGGGAGAGGAUGAUGAUGAAGGAAGACGGCAGAGGAGGACGGCAUCUCUGGGUUGGAAACCUUCCUCAUGGGAUACUGGAACGUGACUUAGCCGACCGGUUCUUAAGGUUUGGAGAAUUGGGAAGCUUAGCGUUUCAGCCUGGACGGAGCUACGCCUUCGUUAAGUUUAAGCACGACGAGGAUGCAUUCGCUGCCAUUGGGUCUCUUCAAGGCUUCCCACUCGCUGGAAACCCACUUAGGAUCGAGUUUGCUAAGGCGGAAAAGUCAUCAACUGGAUCAUGCACAGAAGAUUUAUUUCAUCAUGAUGAACAGCGGUCUGCAGGAAGUGGGUCAUCUUUUGUUCAAAAUGACUCCAGAACGCAUUAUGAUAGCCCAGACGCCCCAGACACAUAUAGCAAAUCAAAAAUGGGUGAUAGAAAUGCAGAACCCAGUGAAGUACUAUAUAUAGAGUUUCCGGCUUCGUUGAAAGUAGAUGAUGCGCUCUUGAGGAAGGUCUUUUCUUCGUUUGGAGAAAUAACAAAGGUCACGGUAUUCCCUGGUCGCAGUUAUGCAUUUGUUCAGUUCUGGAAUCUGAUGGCAGCAUGUGAGGCGAAAGAAACUUUUCAGGGGAAGUUAUUUGGCAAUCCUCGAGUGCAUAUUUGUUUUGCAAAGAGUGAACCUUCCUCAUCUAACAGUGGAAGGCGUCCGUCCAGUAGAUCACUCUCUCCGGCUUACAGAUCUGUUGAUCGACUGGGUCUUCAGGAUAGAAAUUAUGGAAGCAUCAGCAGAAUUACCAAUGGGAGGGAACCACAAUACAUAUCGGAUAAGGAUUUGGAAGAUUCUGAAGAUUACAUGUAUAACAAGAAAGGAGUCUCAAGGACUGAUGAAGGUCCUGCAUAUGGAAGGUUGAGGGAUACAAAUAGAUUUCCGCAGGAUAUGCAUGAAUAUCAUGGUAGUCCUAGGGAAUUGGGUUUGGCAUUCUGUGAUGAUCUUCACAGAUUCCCGUCAAGGAGUUCAGUGUAUGAAGAGCCAUGGGAUUUACAUGAAGAUGACUACUACUACCAAGAAUCCAAGAGACAGAAGACAAGAUUCGUGCAGCUUAAGAGGCUGCUCUCAGGGCAGCAGCUUUAUGGUAUAUAGCAAGCAAGACGCCCUUUUUCCAGUUCAUCUGCUGAUUUUUCCCCAAAAGAUGCAUUCGAGCGGAAUUAUGAGGCUGGACAGUUAAGAUACAAGCAAACGGUUGAGCAGCCGGUAAAUCUAGCUAUCAGGAACGGGGACAAGAGUCGCUUACGAGAAGCACAUGACCAGUUAAUGGGAGUUUACUCUCUGCCAUCAAUUGUCCCUGAAUUGAAUCGACCAUCACUAAAGGACUGGAACUGGGAAGGGACUAUUGCAAAAGGAGGCAAUCCCAUAUGUCGUGUUAAAUGCUUUCCUGUGGUCAAAGUGAUGGACAUGAUGCUAUAAGUAGCUCUUACGCCUGAGUUUCUAGAUUGCACAGCAAGAACUGGUUUAGACAUGCUGGCCAAGCAUUACUACCAAUCAUCUAAAGCGUGUGUGGUUUUCUUUGUUCCUGGAAGUGAUGCUGAUAUUGUGUUUUAUAAUGAAUUUAUGCAUUCUCGGGAGGAGAAGCAACGAGCAGCUGUUUCUAAAUUGGAUGACACAACAACGUUGUUCCUCGUGCCUCCAUCUGAUUUCUCCGAGAAAGUACUUAAAGUUCCCGGGAAACUUAGCAUCUCUGGAGUUAUUCUACGGUUAGAACAUGGUGGAUCUAGAUCUGGGCUGCGAGAUGGUCAAAGUGCAUCUAUGGAACUAUACAUCGUGAGCAAGCAUGAUCAGUUGAGUGACCGAUAUUCUAGAUCGGACUGGCCACCACGUGAUACCAACACCAGAGGUUCACAGAUGCAACCCGUCAUUGAUCAUACUGUUCAAAGACAUAGUGGUUUUGAUCCUGGGAAGCAGCCAUGUGCAGAUCUAAGUCGUUAUCAUGAUACGGAAACUCUAGUUCAUCCAAGGUUUCAGCCUGAACAGCUUACAUGUUUACCUGAAAGAUAUGCACCAGAAAACCGAGCAAAUUUCAGCCAUUUGCAACACGUUCAGACACUAAGCGUACCGCAAUUGGUAUCUCCAAGAGAUCAAAAUGUACAGGUACAAGGUAGCAACAGCCAGCAAGAAGAAGAAACUGAGGAUAAUCCACAAAAGCGUCUUUAGGCAACAUUAUAGCUAGCAGCAGCACUUCUCCAGCAAAUUCAACAAGCUAGACCGAGUUAAAGAUGGCUUCCUGAAGAGCUAUAUAUCAACUCUAUAUUAAUUGGGAUGAGCCCAGCCAGAUCUACGAUUCACAAGUAUGAGAUCUUUACAUUCU